AUGCCGUCCGCUCCUCCCCCCAAUGCCUACGCACCAGGGACGAUCUUGACGGUUGGAUCUCACCAGGUCAAAAUAACCAAAUAUCUGUCUCAAGCAUGGCACAACACAACGGUUGCGUGUCUCAAAAGAGUCGCGGUUCCAGAUAAAAGAACGCUAAACCUUUUGCGGGCCGAGGUUGAUGCAAUGAAACGACUUCAGGGCCGCAAGUACAUCGUCUCAUACAUAGACUCCCAUGCCUCUCGGAUGAGCUCGGAGGUGGGAUACGAAGUUUUCGUUCUGAUGGAGUAUUGCUCAAGAAAUGGGCUCAUUGAUUUCAUGAACACGCGACUGGUGAACAAGCUUAAAGAGCCUGAAAUCCUGCAAAUCAUGGCAGAAAUCACAGAAGGAGUAGCUGAGAUGCACGCCUUGCAGCCGCCAUUGAUACAUAGAGAUAUCAAGAUCGAGAAUGUGUUGAUAACUGGUGACGGGAUUUCCAAGGUAUGUGAUUUCGGCUCUGCCGCUCCUCCUUUGAGGCCUCCCAAGAAUGUGGAGGAGUUUCAGAUUCUACAGGACGAUAUAAUGAAACACACCACUCCUCAGUACAGGUCUCCAGAGAUGAUUGACCUCUACAGACGUCAACCAAUUGAUGAGAAGUCAGAUAUAUGGGCUCUGGGUGUCUUCUUAUACAAACUGUGCUACUAUACCACACCCUUCGAGAGCAACUCGAUCAACGGAAACCUCCAAGGAGGCGGAGGGGAGAUGGCCAUUUUGCAUGCGAGAUUCCAGUUCCCAGCAUCACCAAUAUACAGCUCGAGAUUGAAGAAUGUCAUCUCCAAGUGCUUGCAAGAGAAUCCAGCCCAUAGACCGAACGUCUAUCAGCUGCUGGAGGAGAUUUGCAAGAUUAGAAACGUUCCGAUUACCAUGAAGAACUUCUACUUGGACCGCAAGGUUGCAACCAAGUCUGAGCCAUCAGCAGCUCUUCCACAGCCAACAGCUCUUCCAAUUCCAACUCUGCGCACCGCAAACGAGGAGUAUAAACCCGUGAUUCCCCAUAGAAGUCAUGUUCCAACCACUUCUGAAGGCUUUGCGCUGCACCGCUCCAAGUCCGCAAAGGCGGAGUCUCAUCCUGGUGAUCCGUUCAGUGGUCUUGGAAGAUCCAAGGGAAUGCUUUCGAAUAAGUCGCAACCAGAAAUUAACAGGAUAAGCAUGUCGGGUACCACAGGUUCGGCUGAUUUGAACAACAAAAUAAAGGAUUACAUUUCUGGGAUGGACAAUAACGGGAAAGUCAUGACCAGGUAUGUCAGCGAAGAUAGUAUAACUGAUGAUGGGUUCACAAGACCCCAUCUGCCUGUUCAGCGUGUCAGGUCGCCAGCGUUUGAGUCUUUGGACAAGUUUGUGAAGCCAACAUCGAGAAACUCCAGCAAUCAUAUGAGACCUUUAAGCCUAUCAGCCAGCGAAUUCCGCAAAUUGCAGCCAGUUCACAGCAGCUCCAAUUCUGCAUCAAUGAAGCAGAUAAUGACAGGGAUUACGCAAGAGGAGACUGUCGAAUUUUCACCGGAACUUGACAGGUAUGACCGCAGCAGACCGCUUUCGAGACAGAGCAGUGGGAAGAGCUGGAAACAACAAUUAACCGGGGAGAGCAUAAAGGCCCUGAGGAAUGUCACUGGUGGAGGAAGACACAACAAGCGUUCAAGUAUAAGCAGUAUCAAGGAUUUGUUCACUGGUGGGAAGAACAGAGAUGGUACCAGGAGCAACUCAAGCAGCAGAAAUCCCAGCUCAUCGCUGGUUAAGGCUCCUCCCAAGCCCAAAUCCAGGGAUUCUUCCAGGAAUAUUAGCUCUGAUUCUCUCCACGAGCUCUCGGAUAACGCGCCCGAAUUCUCUUCCAGUAAUGAGAUGCUGAACAGGGUUGUGGAGGAAGAAGCCAAGCCAACCGUCAAAAGAUCUUCUUCGAUUCAAAGACGUGUUCAUAUGCUUUUAAGCCGUAAACAAUCUCCUCCUCCUGCCAAAACUGCUAAAGGUUACGGAAAGUUUACGGAUGAUGGAGAAGAAAAGCCUGUUGAAAGAUCUGUUAGUACAGAGAUGCCUCCCCCAUUACCAAGAAGCAGAACAGUCGUGAGACCACAAAUUAAGGUCUCUCUUGAACCUAGAGUUCCUCUACGCAGAUCACUUGUUACACCCCCACCUGUUGAAGUUGAGCGUAAUGUGUUUGAUACCCCGUCAUCAACCAUGUCAUCGACUCUUACUGUCUCAUCAGCUUCCCCAAAAAAGGCUCCGCCACCAAAGCCCAAGAAACCUUCGCAUUUGAAGUCACCCACUCCAAACAAACUCCACCAAGAGUUCACCUCGUCAACCACCACGUCGUCUAGUCGCAGAAGCAGUGGCUACGGAGAGGAGCUGCAAGUCCCAAUGGCAUCUGCUUCGUCGAAUAAGCGUUCAAGCAUAACGAGCGACUUUUCGGUGGGCGAAAUUGACGAUUUAGAGAAACACUUUCAAGAACGGUUCCCCAGUGCUGUAUGA